AUGUUUUCCACAGUACUGAGCUCUAGCCUUGGGGCUGUUCUCUUUGCCUCUCUCGCACAGGCCAACCCCAUUCGUUCAGUCGAACCAAGGCAGGCAGGUUGCGGCUCCAAUGGUCCUGGUAAUCGGGCCUGCUGGAACGGAAACUUUGGCAUCAACUCGGAUUUCGAGAUCACCGCACCACCCCAGGGAAAGUUGAGAACAUUUGACUUCACAGUUAGCAACUUGACCGACAUCGCACCAGAUGGCGUCCAUAGGCCGGCCAUGCUAAUUAACAACCAAUUCCCCGGUCCGACGAUCGAAGCGGACUGGGGUGACUUUGUUCAAAUCCACGUGCACAACCAGCUCCAGAACAAUGGCACCUCUUUCCAUUGGCACGGCAUGCACCAGCGCAAUUCGAACGACCAGGAUGGCGCCAACGGCGUCACCGAGUGCCCCAUCCCUCCCGGGCAGAGCAGGACGUACUCUUUCCAGCUCACGCAGUACGGCACAUCAUGGUACCAUAGCCACUUUUCUUCCCAGUACGGCAACGGCGUGGUCGGCUCCAUCAAGAUCAACGGCCCGGCGUCUGCAGAUUACGACAUCGACCUUGGCCCGUAUCCCAUCACCGACUGGUACUACGAAACCGCGGACCGUCUCGAGCGCCAGGCCGAGCUCGUGUCGGGCGGGGGUCCGCCGGCCAGCGACAACAUUCUGUUCAACGGCAAGAACAUCAACCCCUUCGGCCCGGGGGGUCAGUAUCAGAAGACCAGGUUGACACCGGGCAAGAAGCACCUUCUCAGACUCAUCAACACUUCUGUCGAUAACACCUUCACCGUGUCACUGGUUGGCCACAACUUCACCGUAAUUGCCACUGAUCUCGUGCCUGUCAAGCCCGUCGUCAAAGAUAGCCUUUUCAUGACUGUUGGUCAGCGAUACGAUGUCAUCAUUGAAGCCAACAAGGCGGUUGAGAACUACUGGUUCAAUGCAACCGUCGGCGGGGGUGGCUUUUGUGGAGUGACCAAGAACCCGCACCCCGCGUCCGUGUUCUUCUACGAUGGUGCUCCCGAUAGACUCCCUGUCGACCAGGGCACACCUCCCGCCAACUUGGGCUGCGUAGAUACUACAGGAUUCACCCCUAUCCUCCCUAGGACCGCACCCAAAGACGAGUUCGACCUGAACAAGAAGAUUCUUGACGUCAACCUCGCCCAACCGACCAUUGACGGCACCCAGGUCUUCCGCUGGACGGUCAGCGGCAGUUCCAUUGAUAUUCAGUGGGGCAAGCCGACCCUCGAGUAUGUCGCCGAGGGCAACUCGUCCUGGCCGACGCGCGCCAACAUCAUUGAGAUCCCCCAAGCUUCAGUAUGGACGUGGUGGGUCAUCGAGAACGAAUUCAUUCUUCCGCAUCCCAUCCAUCUUCACGGCCACGACUUCCUCUUGCUAGGUACCGGUGACGGGAAGUUCACCAGCUCGGAGACUCUGCAGUUUGACAACCCCACUCGCAGAGACGUCGCGCAACUCCCCGGCGGUGGAUGGAUGGUGAUCGCCUUCAAGACAGAUAACCCGGGCGCGUGGCUUAUGCAUUGCCACAUCGCCUGGCAUGUCAGCAUGGGCCUCAGCGUCCAGUUCCUCGAGCGUAAGGACGACAUUUCCCAAGUCUUGGACUUGAAGGCUCUCGCGCCAACCUGCGAUGCGUGGAGGAAGUACUACCCGACAGCACCCUGGCCCCAACACGACUCUGGAUUGUAA